AUGAAUUUCUAUGCUCUUGACUUUGAAGAUUAAAAUGAUUAGGCUUUGGAAGACCACGAAUAGAUUUAGGUUGCUGAAGAGCAAGAGUACGAAUUUGAAUAGAGUUCCAACAUUGAGAUUGAUAAAAAUAAUACUUUUGAUGGUUAUUUACCAGAAGAACAAGUUUUAUUGUUUAACGUUGAGGAUGAGUCUCCUAAAAAGAAAUUAAAAUCCAUUGUGAGAAAAUCCAAAAAAAUAAAAAAAUCAGACACAGAAACAGAUGUCUAAUCUUAAAAAAAAAUGCCUAAAUUCAAAAUGUCUAAUGAUAUUGCCAAACUUUAAUAAUGUCAAAUGUUGAAGACCAUUAUUUCCUAAAUGGAGACCAUUCUUUAAAAUACUCGAACUUAAAUUCUAAGCCAGAUAAUGAAAAAGUAGUAAAUCCAAUGACUAAAUGAAUUUAUAUUAUAUAAAUAGAGUUAUUAUACCAUAAUU